CAAUCACAACUCAUCGUAUUCCAAGCACACCUCUAUAAUUUCUAAAUAGUUUAUAUUCUCUCAAAUUACCCUUUCUUUUUUCAAAAUGGGCUGUGAAAGUAUGAUGAUCAAAACCUCUUUCAUGAGUACUAGCCUUACACAAUCUCCAUUCUCUAAUAAAAACAUGGACAGGGUAGGAACCAAAACCUUUAAAUCCACUGUUAGGUCUUCAAAAACUAGUUCAUUAAUAGUGAAAAGACACUAUAAUGAUAAGAAAACCGUAUCAAUUAAUGGUAACGGUAAUAGUAAUAGUAAUGGUAAAUUUGGAAAGUUCGGGGGUAAGUUCGUCCCCGAAACACUGAUUACUUGUUUGAACGAUCUAGAAGCAGAAUUCCAGUCCGCUUUGCACGAUCCUCAGUUUCAGGGUGAACUUGAGAGGGCCCUAAGAGAUUAUGUUGGGCGAGAGACGCCUUUGUACUUUGCUGAGAGGCUAACAGAGCACUACAAGAGGAGUAAUGGAGAAGGCCCAGAGAUAUAUCUAAAGAGAGAAGAUCUUUGCCAUGGCGGUGCACACAAGAUGAACAACGCCAUUGCGCAGGCGAUGAUCGCCCGCCGCAUGGGCAGAACAAGUGUGGUAGCGGCCACCGGGGCCGGUCAACACGGUGUUGCCACAGCCGCUGCCUGUGCCAAACUGUCUUUGGAGUGUACUAUCUUUAUGGGGUCCAAAGAUAUGGAGAAACAGUCUUCUAAUGUUAUAUUGAUGAAGCUACUAGGCGCUCAGGUGAAGUCGGUUGAGGGAAAUUUGAAAGAUGCAUCAUCAGAUGCGGUGAGGUACUGGGUAAAUAACCUGGAGAGCAGCUAUUACCUUUGUGGAAGUGUUGUGGGACCUCAUCCAUGUCCGACGAUGGUAAGAGAGUUCCAAUCUGUGAUUGGAAAAGAGACGAGGAAGCAAGCCAUGGAAAGAUGGGGAUCCAAGCCAGAUGUACUGGUGGCCUGCGUAGGCAGUGGUUCCAAUGCUUUGGGAUUAUUCCACGACUUUAUUGGAGACCAUGAUGUGAGGUUGAUUGGUGUCGAAGGAGCCGGUCGCUUUGGGCUCGACCAUGGCCCACAUUCCGCUACAUUGACCAGAGGACACGUGGGAGUCUAUCAUGGAGCCAUGACUUACUUGUUGCAAGACGCCUAUGGUCAAAUUCUAAAUCCACAUUCCAUUGCCGUUGGGCUAGAGUGCCCGGGAGUUAGUCCAGAAUUGAGUUUUCUAAAAGACAGUAGACGAGCUGAGUUUUAUACGGUCACUGAUGAAGAAGCUCUCCAUGCUUAUGAAUUAUUGUGUAGAUUGGAAGGAAUAUUUCCAGCAUUGGAAGCGUGCCACGCAUUAGCAAUACUAAGUAAAGUGUGCCCCACUUUACCCAAUCACACAAAGGUGGUUGUCAAUUGUAGUGGUCGUGGUGACAAAGACGCACCUAUUGUCUUCAACUCUAUCCCAUCCCAUAUUAAUCCCAGCUUAGACUAAAUUAAUACAUUAUAUAUAUAUUAAUGUUGCGAUAUUUUUGCACACGCAAGUGUACGUAUCGUUUCAAGUAGUAAAACUCACGAGGAGUGAGGUCAAUCCCACAGGGAGUGUAGUUAAGUACGUUACAAUUAAAUUUUUACUUCUAUUUGAUUAAAUAAAAGAUAGGAAAAAAACAAUGAAGUAUAAGAAAAAUAGUUGGAAGCAACGAUUCAAGAAAAUUGAUAGUUAAUAAACUAGGGUGUCGAUUUCAAUUGUUUUUAUUGAAUAUGACCUAAUAUGAUUAUUUUCCUAA